GAGAUUCUCACUCACGGGGCCCGGAAUAGCCAGGAUUUCUCCGAGCCCAGAACCGCGAGCUACCUGAUCCGGGGCAGCAGCACUUCUGGGUGGACUCUGGGGAGCGGCGGUAGCUGCAGCGGCGUCGGGAGAGGGAGCAGCCCGAAUCUAGGGGCUCCGUGAGUAGCCGGGCCUGGAACUAGUGACAAACCCGAUCUGUCACUGCCAGUAGGCGGCUCCGCCCCUUGGAGACAAGCUCCGCCCCUUAGAGACAGCUCGCUUUUCCCACAUUUCUCUCUCCUCUGGGAAACAAGGGGAGAUAAGGGUCCCAACGCCUGGGUUUCCUGCGUCGCCGUUCGGCCCCAGAGCCAAUCCUUUCUUGUCCAUUUCUGCGAGGUCCAAGACCUCCCCCUUCGCAAUUAAACAAAUCUGAUCACGCAUGCGCGAGUGUCCCACUGGGGUCAGGAGUCCAGGUUGCUCGUCGAAGAAGCUUACGCAUGCGCAGACAAUCCUAAGGAGGUUGGGGAGGUUUGGCUGGGUCUUAAAACCGUGCGCAUGCGCGGCUACACCACCUAGGGGCCAUUCACUGAUCAGUGCUGUGCACCCCCAGCCCCAUCCUGAGCUUCUCACAUGUGUCCUCCCACAGGUGCCAUCGAGGGGAACCGUCAGUGACUUGAGCAGUGGUAGUGACUUGUCAGCAUGUCUGCCUUCCGAUCCGGCCUCUUGGUACUGACGUCCCCGUUGGCAGCCCUGAUCCCACGCCUGACACCCAUUCUGACCUCUGCAGCUCGGCUGGUGGAGCAGACUCUGUACGUCCACCUGCAGCCUGGCCUCAGCCUGGGUGGGCCGGCCCAGCCUCACUCUAGCCACGUUCAGGCCACUAUGGAGGUCAUCAAUCUCAUCACCGGCCUCUAUGCUGGUGCUGAUGCCUAUAGGCACUUGGACAUCCGAAUCCUGCUGACCAACAUCCUUACUAAGAACCCAACCCCACCAUCUUCACUUGGCUCUGUGCAGAACCUAGCCCACCCCCCUGAGGUGGUGUUGACAGAUUUCCAGACCCUUGAUGGGGGCCAGUACAACCCAGUUAAGCAACAGCUAGAGCGGUAUGCCACCAGCUGUUACAGCUGCUGCCCUCAGCUGGUCUCUGUGUUGCUCUACCCAGAGUAUGAUCCAGGAGAUACUUCCACAGACCCAUCAGUGGUACCCCAUUCCUCUGCUCUUUGGUCAGGCUCCCCUAUGCCUACAUCUCCCAAACACCCCCUACAGGGCUACAACCAUGUGGUAGUAGGGGGAACAUUUGACCAUCUGCACAAUGCCCACAAGUUGCUGCUUACUGUUGCCUGCCUCUUAGCCCAAAAGAGGCUCCUGGUUGGAGUAGGAGACAAAUACUUGUUGGAAAAUAAAGUGCUCCCGGAGUUAAUCCAACCAUAUACAUAUAGGGUGAAACAUCUGAGUGAGUUCCUGGUGGACAUGAAGCCAUCCUUGGUCUUUGACAUAGUCCCCCUCCUAGAUACCUACGGUCCAGCUGGCACUGAUCCUUCCUUGGAGUGCUUGGUGGUUAGCGAGGAGACUUACCGUGGGGGGUUGGCUGUCAACUGCCGACGCCUUGAGAAUGGCCUGGAAGAGCUGGCUUUGUAUCAGAUUUUGUUGCUGAAGAAUCCAGACCACAGUGAGAAUGAGGAAGACAAAGUUAGCUCCUCCAGUUUCCGUCAUCAAAUGCUGGGAACCCUCCUUCAAACACCCAAUAAGAGACCAGACCUCCCCUCCAAUGUCUAUGUAGUGGGGCUGACAGGGCCAAGUGGCUCAGGCAAGAGUUCAGUGGCUCUGUUACUGCAAGACCUGGGGGCAAAGGUCAUUGAUAGUGACCAGCUGGGACAUCGGGCCUAUGCACCUGAUGGCCCUGCCUACCAAACUGUGAUAGAGGCCUUUGGAACCGAUAUUCUCCAUGAAGAUGGCACCAUCAACAGAAAGAUUCUAAGUAGUCGAGUGUUUGGGAACAAGAAACAGUUGAAGAAACUCACAGACAUUGUGUGGCCAGUCAUUGCCAAGAUGUGCCAAGAGGAGAUCAACAAAGCUGCAGCUGAGGGGAAGACCGUAUGCGUGAUUGAUGCGGCCUUGCUGCUGGAAGCUGGCUGGAACAACAUGGUCCAUGAAGUGUGGACAGUCAUUAUCCCAGAGAAAGAGGCACGAAGGCGAAUCAUGGAGCGUGAUGGUCUGAGUGAAGCUGCUGCCCAGAGCCGCCUACAGAACCAAAUGAGUAAUCAGCAGCGUGUGGACCAGAGUCAUGUGGUGUUGAGUACACUCUGGGAGAAACAUAUUACCCAAAGACAGGUGGAAAAAGCCUGGACACUUCUGCAGGAGCGAAUCAAGACCCAGUAAUUCACUCGUGGAGACUUCUCCAUCUGAUCCCGGAUUAAUGAUGAUUGAUGAAUGUGGUGUGGGAGAGCCGCACAGGGCAGGUCCUGCCCUUCGCUAGAGGAGGGCUCCUGGGGUAUUCCCCAGGGGCAGGGCCCAGACAUUCGCAGUGCUGAGCGGCUCGGGCUACGGUGCGAUGGGGCAGGUUGGAGGCCGGGUUGGAGGCACGGGCCGCCGGCAGAACCCCAGCACCCAUGGCCCACCUGGAGGAGUACUCUGGGGCCCCAAGACUGGCUGGGACCAAGGGUGUAGACACUAAAACUAAUUAAAGCCGAAUUUUCCUGUAA